AAAGUAAAGUCACACCCUUCACCCACCCUCUAUUCACAGGUGCUCACUGGUUCCUGGCAGCUGCUUCAGGAAACAAGGCCCACUUCAUCACACAACGGACCCCGGUCACAAAGAAGCCUCUCCAGCCUGCGUUCACUGUCGGACUGUGGAAAUAAUAUGGCAAGCAGCUUCUCCAGAAUUUUGUCCUCUAAGAGGAAUGUGGGCAUCCUGUCUCUGGUGGGCGCUGGAUCUCUGACUGUGGGGCUCCUCCUGAACAGAGAGCAGCAUGUCAGCGCAGGAGCGCCGGUCCGGAGAGUGUAUCCCGCCAGUGCGGAAUACCCAGAUUUACGAAAACACAACAACUGCAUGGCCAGUCACCUGACACCUGCUGUAUAUGCUAAGCUGUGUGACAAAGCCACUCCAAAUGGAUACACACUGGAUCAAGCCAUUCAGACUGGAGUGGACAACCCAGGGCAUCCCUUCAUUAAGACAGUGGGGAUGGUGGCAGGAGAUGAGGAAUCCUAUGAGGUGUUUGCUGAUAUUUUUGACCCUGUUAUUGUGGAGAGACACAAUGGCUAUGACCCGCGCACUAUGAAACAUCCCACUGACCUCGAUGCCAGUAAGAUUCGCUCAGGCCAGUUUGAUGAGAAGUAUGUACUAUCAUCACGUGUGAGGACAGGCCGGAGUAUCCGGGGCCUGAGUCUUCCACCUGCCUGCACACGAGCCGAGCGCAGAGAGGUGGAGCGGGUUGUGGUCAAUGCUCUGGGCGGCCUGCAGGGUGACCUCUCCGGCAAAUACUACAGCCUGACAGACAUGAGCGAAAAGGAUCAGCAGCAGCUCAUUGAUGAUCAUUUCCUGUUUGAUAAGCCAGUUUCACCGCUUCUGACGUGCGCAGGAAUGGCGCGGGAUUGGCCCGAUGCUCGAGGCAUCUGGCACAAUAAUGAGAAAACGUUCCUAGUGUGGAUUAAUGAGGAGGACCACACUCGGGUGAUCUCCAUGGAGAAGGGGGGCAACAUGAAGAGGGUCUUUGAGCGUUUCUGCAGGGGCCUCCAAGAGGUUGAAAGGCUGAUUCAGGAGAAAGGCUGGGAGUUCAUGUGGAACGAGAAUCUGGGUUACAUCCUCACCUGCCCUUCCAACCUGGGUACAGGGUUGCGUGCUGGCGUCCAUAUUAAUCUGCCCCGCCUCAGCAAGGACGCUCGCUUCGCCAAGAUCCUCGAUAACCUGCGGCUGCAGAAAAGAGGCACUGGAGGAGUGGAUACAGCAGCAGUCGGGAGCACCUUUGACAUCUCUAAUCUGGACAGGCUUGGCCAGUCUGAGGUCCACCUGGUUCAGACGCUCAUUGAUGGAGUGAACUUCUUGAUCGAGUGUGAGAAGAGGCUGGAGAAGGGCCAAGACAUCAAGAUCCCUGCUCCAAUCAGCCAGUUUAAGUAGACUGAAAUGAACCUCAUCCCUUCUCCAUCCCCCCUCAUAACGUCAUACUGAAAUUAUGAUACUCUAAACUCCAUCUCAUUCAGCAUGCGUUUUGUGUGUUGUGUCUUUUAAGCUCCAUUCCUAUUGUACAGCGGGGGUGAAUGUACUGUACUUCAUGAAUGCGUUCAUGUGACAUUAAUGUUGAGUCACACACUACUGUCAUUUAAACUGAUUGUGUUGCAAUAAAAGGAAUUAUAACUAUU